UUAUUUUGACGUGUAUUGCUAACAAUAAUCUUGUCAGAAUACCCAAAAGUCACUUAAUUGAAUAUUCUCGAUAUCAAGUUUUGCAUAAAAAAACUUCCAAUUUUAGAAAUUUGUAAAAUCUUAUUGAUUGAUCCAUUGAACAAUUUUGAGCAACCUUAAUUAGGAAGUAAAGGAUUCAAAAUGCCCAGCAGUGAUGAGGGAUUUGAAGAAAUCAAUGAAUAUGAACAUUCAUUUGAGAAAGUUAAACAGAGGUUAAAGGAUCGAUCUAAGAAAGUUGCAGAAACUAGAGAGAAAACGAAGAAGAUUAUCUCUGAACAUGCUGAAAGGAUUGCCAAACAAGCUGAAGAACACGAAAGAUUCAUCAAUAAGGUUACUUAUCUGUGUGGUGUACUUGGGUUUGGAGGAUUUUGCUUUCUACUUGGGGCAAGGCCACAAGAUGUUCCUAUUGUGUACUGUCUAUUUUAUGUCAUAUUUGUUCCACUGAGAUGGAUUUACUAUCGGUACAAGAAGUGGCAUUACUAUCUUUUGGAUUUUUGCUACUAUGCGAAUACAAUAUUCUUGGUUACACUUCUCAUGUAUCCGAAAAAUGAAAAGCUUUUUAUGGUUUGCUUUUCAUUUGCUGAGGGUCCUUUAGCAUGGGCAAUUAUUGUGUGGAGAUGUAGCUUGGUUUUUAAUUCAAUUGACAAAAUUACUAGUGUACUUAUUCACCUAUUACCUGGUUUGGUUUUCUUUACAAUUCGGUGGUGGAAUCCAACCACCUUUGCAGCCAUGCAUCCUGAAGGAACUGAUCGUAGAGUCUCAUGGCCUUAUGUGGAAAACCAAUCAUACCUGUGUACAUGGCUAUUUCUAGUCCCAUUGGUUGCUUACACCCUUUGGCAAGUUCUCUAUUUUCUGAUAGUUAAUGUGCUGCGUAGACAGAGGCUUACGCGAGAUCCAGAAGUCAUGACCUCUUACAGGGAACUUUCAAAGAAAGCUCAAAAGGCAAACAGUAUAUUGUGGCGACUGAGUGGCUUGCUUGGGGACCAGAAUCGAAUGUUGAUGUAUAUAGUUUAUCAGGCUCUGUUUACCGUGGCAACCAUGGCACUCACUGUUCCCAUCUUCCUGUCAUAUGAGCUGUCUGUGAUCUUCCAAAUUCUGAAGGUCUCUGCCGCUGUCUGGAAUGGAGGAAGCUUUGUGCUAGAAGUGAUGCCAAGACAGGUGAUUAUGAAGGAGAAGAAGAAAAAUAUAGAAGUGCAACCUGUUGAAGCCCGGCCCCAGCUUGAUAGUUCCACGCCUCUUGAGAACCCAGCUUCUACAGACGAUGCGCAACAAACUUGACAGUUGUUUAACUUAAAAGUCUUUUAAUCAAUGAUUGAUUUUAGCUGCUGUUAUAGAUGACCUUUAAUUCUCAUUUAAAUGAACAAAUGUAUUGUUUUUGGCCUGCACUUCGUCUGAACUCCUGCCUACGUACUCUGUUCAAGCAUAGAGAGGAUACAUGCAGGUAUAGCUUUGGUGAUAACCUUGAUGUGAGUUCCUUUUUUUUAAUGACUCCAAUUAUGUUUGUGUUUAUGUCUUUUAAUCGUGUAUAAUAGGAAGUAAAUGACAGCGAUGUAACAAUAUGAGUUUUCUACUAUAUAAUUUGUAUACAAGUACUAAUUUUGAUUAUACAUUUA